AUGGGGAGAAAUAAAAAUGACAUUCUUGGUUUCUUGAAGGAGAAAAUGAGAAAGAAAAUCUUUAGUUGGGAGACUAUGUUUUUGUCUAAAGCUGGAAAAGAAGUCUUGAUUAAAUCAGUAGCUCAAGCCUUGCCUAAUUAUGCAAUGAGGGUGUUUCUCUUGACCAAAGAAAUUCGCUCGAGCCUUGAAGGUAUGAUGGCAAAGUUCUGGUGGAAAUCUCAAUCGAGUUCAACUAGUAAGGGAGUAAGUUGGGUUAGUUGGAAGCGGCUUUGUCAACAUAAGAAUUUUGGAGGGCUUGGCUUUCGGGAUCUUCGUGACUACAAUCUCUCUUUUUUGGGAAAACAAGGUUGGAGGUUACUUACUAUGGAGGAUACGCUUGUGGCGAAAAUUUAUAAAGCAAGAUAUUAUCCACAAGGUUCAUUUCUUAAUGCCGAGUUGGGACAAAAUCCAAGCUUUAUUUGGAGGAGUAUUUGGGAGGCUCAAUCUCUUGUUUGA